UUAAAUUAUUAUGAAAAUAUCAAUAAUUUCUUCAUGAAACUUGAAAAUGUUAAUUAUGUGAAAUUUUGUCACUCUGUGUUACUAUUUUGUAAUACAGACAAAUAACUCAAUAUUUAAAAGCUUGCAUGCACUAACACAUUGUCAUUAAAUUCUGUUCCUGCUAAAAUACUGGCAGAUUUUUUUUAACCAAACUUUCAUCUUACUGUACUAAUUUAUUGAUAUGGUAGGUAGUUGUCCAUACUAGGCAUUAAUCCAGUUGGUAAACUGCAGCUGGUUUUCUAUAUGUUACUAUUGCCACUGAAUUUCUGUGCUCAAAAGGGAGCUUUUUAUGUUUCUCAAAAAUCUUUGGAUACUAAUUUGGGUUUUUUGAGUAGUGUUGGCAUCAUCUUUUGCAAUAUUUUUAUAGUUAAUUUUUAAAUUAAAAUGCCUAUAUCAAUAUAGGCAAUGUAUGAAGAUACUUGAUGACACUUUUCAGAGAUUCAAAGUUCACUUUAGGUACUCUUUCUGAGUAUCACUAAGUCUAAAAUGUUAUCUGCAAGCUCCUGUUUUUUAUGCUGUAGUUUAAAUUGCAAAGGGCUUUUAACAGUCCUCAGAUAUAUAAAAAUACUUCUGCUUUGCCUUUCAAAGCAGCAGUAGGGAUUUUGUUUGGAAGAUCAUUUGGAUUUAACACUGAAUGCAUCAGGUGCAUGCACUGUUUUGACAGCUUCUCUUGCUUUGUACAUUUCAGAAUAUAGUAUAUAAGCAUUAAAUUAAAAUUAAAAUUUUAAAUUGUUAAAUUUUAAAUUAAAUUUUUUAGAUUAAAUUAAAUCAUUAAAAAUACCCCCAACAUUUAAAGUCCAGAAGUCUACUUGUCAAGAGAUGACCUUUCAACAUGGUGAUUAGUAAUCAGGGUUUCAGUUUACACUUUGAAAUACAUUUUUCUUUGGGGCCACUAAACUUUAUAUGAUAGUUCAGCAGAUAAUAAAAGAAAUUCGGGUAAGUAUUAUGUAUAUGCAUUUUAAUAUUUAUGAUUUAAGAAUUGAACCAGUUGCAGAUAUUUCUACUACAUGCAUAUGCUUUUGUAGGGUGAUAUUAUUAUUGAGCAGGCCUUCAUAGAACUUUUCUGCUGUUCAUACUGCCACACUGGUGAGGAAGUUGGAGGUGCAUGGGAAGGUGGGAGGAGACACAGCCAGGACAGGUGACCCAAAUUGAACAAAGGGAUAUUCCAGGCCAUGUGGCAUCAGGCUCAGUGUAUAAAGUAUGGGGAAGAAAGAAAAUGGAUACGUCUGGAGUGAUGAUCUAUAUUUUUCCAAGUAACAGUAAAGCUUGAUGGGGCCGUGCUCUAUUGGUUUUGCUCUAUUGCUCUAAACACCUGCCUGCCACUAGAAGCAGUUAAUUAAUUCCUUGUUUUGCUUUGCUUGUGUGCAUGGCUUUUGCUUUCCCUGUUAAACUGUCUGUCUCUCAACCCAUGAGUUUUAUGGCCUUUAGCUUUCCAAUUCUCUCUGCAGUCCUGCUGGUAAAGGAGUGAGCAAGUGGCUGCCUGGGGCUUGGUUGCUGGCUGGGGUGAAACUAGGACAGAGGCAAGAUAAAGGACAUGACUGGAGUGAACCCCCCUGAGGUGGUUUGCCACAAUGCUUUUCUCUAUUGGAGAGAAGCAAUGGGACAUGAAUGAGUAAGUGAGAGAGUUUCUAGAUUCUCAUCCACUUAAAGCUUUCCUACUGAAACUAAGUAAACUGAUGAAAAAACUAAUGAAACUGAAACUAAGUUUCCUACUGAAACUAACCUACUGAACCAAUUCCACUCAGUUUUCUUGUGAUGGUAGUAUUGAUCUGUGACAAGAGAUCAUCGGCUCUUCCGAUUUAAAUGAGGAAGGAACAGCAGCCAUGUGAUUUCACUUGCUUUCUUAACUGACUGCCUUCUCCAACCCAUACAGCACAGAUAUACAUCUGUGUAUAUCUAUGGAGGUCACUAAUAAAUCAGUCUGCAUCUUGGUUUGAUGGGAUACACAGCUUGUUAUUCUUCUGUCCUGUGUGAUCUAAGGCUCUUUAAUUCUUAACAAGUUUUCAAUUUUAGUUCUUUGAGGGAGCCCUGGGAAGACUUUCCUAUCCAAAGAAUGGUCUUUUUGAUGAUUGCCUGCUGAGACAUAGAAACUGACCAUUUUAUAAAUUCCUUGCUUGGUUUUAUGAGAAAACCUGUCAUUAUCUGUGUAAAUCUUAAGUCAUUUUUUUUCAUACAGUUUCCUAUAAAAGAUCCUGUGACAACAGGCUGCCAAGGGUUUCUUUUGAACUGUGUUCUAGAAUUGAUUGAGAAGAGGUUGGCGAUAUAAGAAAGACGAGAAGAUGAAUGUCAAAGCUUGCUGAAGAAUGAGAAAAAUCAAGAAGAAAUGGUACUUCAGUUCCUUCUGGAUCUCUCUAGUCAGUGUGGUGUCUCAUUUCCAUGUACUGCAAGCGGGACGUCUUUUGAGUUAACAUCUUCCCUUCAUACCAUUCAGGAUGAUUCAGCUGUGGAUGUGAAAUCUCUUUGGGAUGACGUGAGAUUGCAUCUUCGACAAUUUUUAGUAAAUAGACUACAAAGUCAAGAAGAAACAAACAGGAAUGCUUUACAGCAACAAAUGGAGUUUAAAACUCAGUGCGUACAGCAGCUUUUGUUUCUUUAUCCCAAAUCGGAAGUCUUAAUGAAGUAUCAAAAUAUGCAGAAUAAACUGGUUAGUGAUCUUCUACAGAACUGUAUUUUGUCUAGUUCUGGUGAAACAAAUUUUGAUAAGGUGGUUAAUGGUUACCAAAGUUCUAUACCCAGAUUGUGCACAAUGAUAAAAGAGGAUUUGUAUAUAUUAAGUGGAACUAUUGGUCCAUCUUCAUCAUUAAAGUUUAUUAAUGAAACUUACUUGGAUACCAUCACUGAAGAAAUGACAGUUCUUCUUGAAAGACUUUGUGAGCUGCAGUUCAAAGAAAAUGCUCUACACAUAGUUAAAGCAAACAAGAUUUCAAAGAAGCAUAGAGGAACAGUUCACACUGUGGCCUCCCAGGAAUACCACAGGAAAGGACGGAACUUCUGCUUAACCUUGUAUCAGCUCAAAUGUAUUUCUCAACUUAUCAAACUCUUUUUAUUAAUGGAGGAAAAAAUUGAGGAGCUCUCCACAGAAAUUCUGCUGCUGCCUUCAUUUACAGAGAGGAAUAAGAAUGUUCAAGGAGUUCUGAAGAGAGCUAGUGGGGAGCUUUUAAUAGGAGAAACUAGAGCAAAUGAAACCAGCGUGCUUCCUGAACAGUUACUUCAGGUAGAAGAGCCUAUUUUACUGAGUUUUGGCUGGAGAAAUGCAUUUAAAGACCUGUCUUCUUCUGUGGCUCACUGCAUAACAAUAGCAAUUGAGGAUUUUUCAUCUAAAAUUCUUCAACAUGAGCAGAAAGAAGAGUGUUCAGCUGCAGGCUUUGCAAUGAGUCUUGUAAACAACCAGCAAAUGAGGGAGUCCUGCAGAGCAGUCCAACAGGAGGAGCAACCAAAACGAAUUGCUAAGUUUUGUUCUGACAUCAUGGAAGAACUUGACACAUUGCUCCCAUUGGCUCUGGCCUGCAGAGAUGAUUCUCUUCAGGAAAUUAGAGAAAACUUUGUUGAGGCCUGCAGCAAAGUGGCAACAGCUGUUUUGGCAAGACUAGAGGAGAAAAGCAAAGACGUUCCCUUGAAGGCCCCCCUGCAAGACCUGUAUGCUGCCCUUUCCACAGCGAUAUAUGUGUUUCAGCAUUUUACAAUGUAUAGCAAUUUAAUGAGAGAAACAAGCAAAACACCUCUGUUCCUAGUGCCUGUCCAAAAAUAUCAGGAAUUCAUCAACAUUCUCCAAUUUCAAGUUACGAACUACUGCAUCAGAGUUUGUGCUACAAGUAUUUUACAGGAUGCUGAGAGCCACUACUGGGAUGACUACAAAGCUUUUUACGAGGGGGAAAGAUGCUCAUUCUCUGUCCAGAUGUGGCAUUACUUCUGCUGUGCUCUUCACCAUGAUCUAUGGACUACUCUGCCUCCUAAGACAGCCCAGGAGAUUCUUACAGAUGUGCUAGAGCGAUCUUUGGAUAUUCUGUCAUCCAGAUAUUGUCAGGUGUGUCCCAGUUACAAAAGAACACCACAAAUCAGAAUUGAUAUUGCAGCAAUUUUGAUGUCCACUGAAGAUAUGCUCUGGUCGAUUUGUAGUUCUGUGCAGGAGUUUCUGAAUCCACACAAAGACAGAGAUCUCAAGAUCUAUAAAAUACAUAGCCACUGCAAUAGUCUGAUCUCUGUGCUGGCUAUUUUAACUUCACCACUGAAGAAUUUGUAUGAGACAUUUCUGGAUAAUUCUGAUGAACAUCUUCCUCAAGAUUUUUCAGAAGUCUUUUAUCAUCCAUUACACUGGUUGUUUUGCAUACCAUCAUCCUGUUUUUUCUUUCUGAAGACUCCGUCAACCAGAGAAAUGGCAGCCCAAGGUCUACUGAGGCUGCUCUUAUCCCAGCCAUACUGUAAUUUGAGCUUGCUUUUGGAAACAUUGCUACACCAUGAUUGUCUCUUAGUGAAAAUUUUGCUGAGAAGCUCAAGAAAUGAAGCAUUAAAUUGUGAUGAACAAAGUUCUCUCUUGGAACAGGAAAAUAACAAAGAGUCUACUCUGAUUCAAACAAUCUUCACAGUAUUGUCUUACUGCACUUUAUCACCCAAAUCUCUUGGCAUUGCUUUUGAGUCCUACAUGGAAAAAGAGCUCCUGUGGAACUGCUUAUACAAUAUGACAGUUUCCAGUUGUGGUGAGUCGGAGCCAGAAGUUAUCAGAUGCUUGAAGUUGACUUUGAUUAAUUCAGUCAAGGGUAUAGUGAAACAGAUAAUUUCUUUGAUGCAUUCAUGGGAGGCAACAGAAAACUAUGGAACAUACCAGCACAAGCAAAUAGUUCCCGAAAGUUUACUGAAAACUGUUCCAAAGGAAUGGAAUUACACUCCUCGGGAAAUGAAGAGAAAAGAAUCUGGGAAAUGCUUCACAAGGCUUGCAGCUCAAGCAGUAUCUAUUGUAAUCAGCAAGUUACCUACAGUGAUUGCAUGUUUGCCUCCCCCAAUUAAAUACUUCUUUUUUCUGGCUGAGAGAAAAAUGUCAAGAAACUUUGCUGAAUUGAAGAAAGCUGGUCUGCUUGUCUGGAACUUGAUUGUAAUUAUAGGUCGGAUAUUUGAGGAUGGAAAUACUGCAGAAUUUUUAACAGGUGCAACACUUGAUAGAUGGAGCAAAGAAAAACUCAGUUUAGUUCGUGUGUGCUUAGAAAGUAUUAUGGGGAAACAGAAAAGUGGUCCUAAGCAAGUGACCCAGAAGAUUAUACAAAGCAUUGAACAACAAAGACCAAACUGGAUUGAGAGCCAGUUGCUAAAGGCAAGAAAAUUGAGCAUAGACUGUGCUUCAAUCACAGUUAAAGGUGCAACGUUAGAGGAAGGAGAUACUGCACUUGGAUUCACUGGGCAUAAUAUAAAUAUGAUGGUCCUGGAUAUCUGCCACAAACCAGCUGGUAGCGAGUACCUGAGGCAAAUUUAUCACAUCAUCCGGCUCAAUGAGGAGUAUUUGAAAGAGCAGCUGUCCUGUGAGAAUUCUGAAGAUGGUGUUACCUCGAGUCAAUGCCCACCUUUGACACUGAAGGGCAGCGAAGAGCAGCCUGUCUUCAACCCUUUCCAGGUGUACAGACAAUCUUGUGCAAAAGUAUUCAAUCAGUCAGCCAUUACUGAAUGGAACUGGGAUUGGUCAAGAUUGCUGCCAGGUUAUUUGGGACUGAAUCAGAUGGCCUUCAGGGUGCUGCUGACUCACAGGCCACUAAACAGAGUGCUCCAUCCAUCAAUUGCUGAUGAGGUCUACAAAGCCAGUCAUAUCAUCAGGUGGGAGAUGAAAGAAGAUGCAGAUCUUGAAGAUGAGGAGAACAUUAUGGUGGAACGCUUAAGAAGUGUUUAUUUGACACAAAGGACUCCUAUCGCAGAGAAUAAAGAACAAUUACCUUGACAGAUUU